ACUGCGGGAGGGAGUGUCACAGGAGCAGGAGGCCCAUGAACAGUGACUAGGGGUGGGGGCUUUCACUACUGUUUUGGAGUAUGGGGAUGAUCUUCCUCUGCAGAGCACCCAUAGUCGCUGUGUUUGUGAAUGCAGUAUCGAGCCACCAGAGGGCGAUAAACACAGUGCAUUGUCCUCCGAGCCUAGCAGAGUAGUUCUGAUCUCCUGGGAGGACGAUAGCUAUGCCCUGUCCCCCUGGGGAGUGGCUGCUGGACCCUUCUGAAGGACAGCAGUUGGUCCUGAACGCUGUGUUACUCACCAGGAUGAAGGUGCUGAGGAGUGGCCUGAGGGCUGUUUGCACAGAGAAGGUAAUAUUGGUGUAAGUGACAGUGUAUGUAAACUGCUAGUUCUCCCUGUGUAACCCCCACAUGGACACACUCAUAUUCCAGCACCAGAGAAUUACCCUGGUAUGUCUAAGUUGGUUAAAUACACUGGUUUAAUCAUACCAGUAACUGGUAAAGACUGUCCUGUGUGGACAAGCCCUAAUUCCUGCCCAGCUGGUGAGACUGAGCUUGCCAGCUCUCCCUGACCGUGUAUCACCAGGGUGGAGGUGAGAGUUUCAGCCCAGCAGACGACCCCCCCCCCCCAAUACCACACUGCCGCCUUAGGUCCUGGUGUUGCUCUCUGGUUCCAUGGGCUUUGUCUCCUCUAGGUCAGCGGUCUCCCCAGCACAUGAGCUGCAAGUACUGCCUCAUGCAGUGCCAUCCAUGCUGAGGCAUGUGCUGUGUGAUGCAUUACCGGAUGGGAGGCAUCACAGUGUGCUCACAGGAGGUCCAGACAUGCCAUGUGCUGGUGCUGGCAUGCUUAGGAUUUUCUGAUUGACCUACCCACCAUUGCGGAGGGGGCGCUCUACACACACCUUUCCUACACUCUGGGGCAGGUGUAGAUGUAGCACCCUGCAUGCAUUAAGUAGUGCUCUGUCCCCAGUUCCAGUCAACCAAGGUGGAUUAGCAAACUAGGGACACCAGGUAGUGUGUGCUCUGAGCCCUGACACUGCAGCAUGGGGGCUCUUUACCUUCUGUGAGUCUCAGAAGAGCUUGCAGCGAGGCAGGGGAAAGCACAGGGGAGGGGUGACUACCUGAUCACAGUGCCUUCUAUGAUGAUUUGUUCAGUUACACCCUUGUUUUCAGAAUGCAGAAGUGCGGUCGCUGGGGUUACUGUGAAUUGGAGAGGUUCUGCUGGGAGUUUCUGUCCCUGAUGCCCUCCAUACUAAAUCUGCCUUGCAGCCUCCUUAUCGAGAUGUUUCCUGGCCUGGGCUGUACCAGCACAUCUGUGGCUGUAUGGGGUUUGAAAAGUCCCAAAUUCAGCUCAUUGUGUGUGCUGUCAAUUUCUCUGAAAUAAGCUGGUGAGUCCCAGUAUGUGAGCACUACUUUCCACUCCAAAUAAACCACCUUCCAUGGCCAGUCACUGCACGCUCUGUCCCCUUCCAAUAGCCCCAGCUAGACAGACCGUGUCCAUGGUGGCAGGGCUACAGAGGGGUCCUCAGGGCUGGAGAGGAGCAGGGGAAAUGAGCUGCCCUGGGUUCUCUGGCUGGUUGUUGUAUUUCUGCUCUAGACAGUCAAGAAGUAAAAACAGAAGUCUUCAGUCGGGUCACUUCUGAAAUGUGGGCCUUCCCUGUGCCUGAGGUGGGCGUGUGAAGAUGAUGUCCUCAGAGGGGUGUGCUCUGAGUCACCACAAAGCUCUUAGCUUCUUGGGUAGGAGACAUGCUAAAAAUGCAAAAUAGGAGCACCUGAGAUCUGACACGGGAAACUGACUAGAUCCAUUGCCCAAGAGACGUGCAGUGUGGAAACAAAUCGUAUCAAUAGCAAAAAGGACACAGUAUCUAUAAUGUCUCUAGUAAUCUCAGGUGUGACUAGUAACCUGGCUAAUUCAUGGGGUCCAAAGCCAGAAGGUACCGUUAUGGCCAUCUAGUCUGACCUGUAUAAGACAGGCCACAAGCCUUUGCAGAAUUGAUUUCUAGUUGCACUAGAGCAUAACUUAAAAGAAAAAUCCACUCCAUCUAAAAAUUGCCAGUGCUGGAGAAUCCACUGUGACUGCUGGUAAAUUUGUUCCGAUGGUUAAUUCCCCUCGCUAUUAAACAUUUACACUUAUUUCCGGUCUGAAUUUGUCUAGCAUCAGCUUCCACCCCCUGGAUGGUGUCAGACCUUUCUCUGCUAGGCUGACUUAUAGAGUGAGCAGCGUCCCAGCUGUUGGCCGGUUACCCAAACCGGAACCAUGCCCCUUCGCAGAGUUGCCUGGUGGUAGCUGAGCUGCUGUCAGUUUAGGGUAUUGCCAAGUAAACUGCAGUUAAAGGAGGUUUGGAUUCCAUGGUGAAAACCUCCAUCCUUGCCAACCUGAUCACUAGUGAUGCAGCCAGGUAAGUAGCAGAGGCUAAGGCCUGGGUGUGGGUGAUUUUCCAUUUCCUCCUUCCGUAGAAGCUGUGAGGUGUGUGCACUCUCCCCUGGGGAUGCAGUUACUAAACACCUGUUUAUAGUAACCAUUGUGAGCAUCAGGCUGGAAAAUAUCCCCAAGGUGCGACUCACUCACUCAAUAGCAGCCGAUGCUGGAGCUCCAGGCAGGUGAGUGACUUCCAAGCAUAGGACUUUUCCACUCAGUGCGUUGCCUCUUAAGUUUUCUCUCCAGCUCCUGCAUGCCUGCGAGGCUCACUAACCUCGUGAGGUCUGUAAUGCUCUGGCACAAGCUAGGCUAUGCUGAGAGGCCAUAGCUAUCUAAUGCACAGCCUCUCCAGUAACGAUGGCUUUCUCUAGGAGCUAUGGCCUCACUGCAGGAAUCUCGGUGAGAUUGCCUUGCCUGUGCUGUGCAGGAGGCUAUAUUAGAUCAUCAUCAUGAUCCCUUCACACCUUAAUGCCUGUGCAUUAUACAGAGCCCCACUGUGUUCUGGGGAGUCCCCAGUCUAUCCUGGGGCAGGGGGGCUGUCACUGGAAUGGCCCAGCCUCUCUUGUUGCCUGGUCCAGCUGUGAGUGGUAGGAAGGGAAACACCCAGAGGGGGUGUGACUGCCAUGGUGUGUGAGGAGUGGGAGCGCUGAGCAUGUUGCUCCCGCAGCCCGCUAAAGCGAGAUCAGGGUGUGUCUGUUCCCAGCAUGUGAGCACGGGCCAGAGCUACAUGGUUGUGAACUGCCUGGCUGUGAGCACGUCAAUCUCUGCCCCUUGGUGCUGUGUUAACAAGAAGGGUGAGAGAGGGGGUGACUGGUGUAAAUAGCAAAUCCAGCGCUCUGCAUGCCACACGGCGCAGCACUCCCCAUCUCACCCCAAGGUUUAGGAGCCGGCUUAUGGAGCAGAUAGUGGUGGGUCAGUGAGGGACUCAGCCCCGUAACCAGCCUCCUGGACUGAGCUGUGUGUAUAGGAGGGGCCAUGUGUGGAAGGGGGGAGAAAAGGAAAAUCUGUGGAUCAUCUGAGAGCUGGGCUGAGAGAAACCCUAAAGCCAAGGAAACAAAUUACAUAGGCUGGGGGCAGAGACUCCCGCUGCAUCACCUCUGCCUCCUCCUGCCCAGGCUGGCGGCCAUGGAGACCAGCUGGGACAGCAGCCUCCACAGCUGGGCCGGGCCUGCCCCGGCUGUGAUCCAAGCCACCACGUACUCCAAGGCAGCGCGGCAGGCUGAGGAAACCAGGGAGGAGCUGGAAAAGAUCCGGGCGCGGAUUGACCAUAUGAUGCAGGCCUAUGAGCGCAGUGAGCCCGUCUCCUCUGCCCAGCAAGCAGCCACGGAGAUUGUGGAGGAUGUGGAGCAGCUGGCAGCCGUCUUGGGGGACCCUGUGAAGAAGAGGAGAUACCAGCAGCAAGUGACUGUCUUCAUCGUGGGGUACCAGGAGUCCUGUGGGCAGCGCAACAGCCUCCUGAGCCAGCUGCAGGAGUUCUUCAGCUGCUCCGCGGAGCUCGGGCUGGCGGAGGAGAGCCACAGCCUGCUCGACGACUUCCCCGUGCACAUGGACGACGUGGCUGGCACGGUGACAGCGGCUCUGAGUUCGGCCGAAGCAGCCAUGUCCCGCCUGGUGGAUCUGAACAAGGACAUUAUCAGCUACAUGACCAGCGCCCUGGCCACCCACAGCCCCAAAAGGAGCCACAGGAAGCAAGUGGAGAAGGCUUUAGACAAGGCUAAGGAAGAGGUGGUCCAGAUCAAACACAGGCUCCUGCAGGCUCAAGCAGACGUGGAGACCAAGGAACGACAGCUGAAGGACCUGCAGCAGCUGAGUGAGAUGAAGGCAAAGGAGAGCCGGCUCUCCCGAGCCCAGCUGGAGAGCACCCAGAGACGCCUGCAAAGCCUGGAGCAGGAGAGUGGGGCUCAGAGGGCCCGCCUGGAAGCCGAGCUGAGGAGCCGGGACUUGCAUAUAGCAGAGCUGGACGGGUUCCUGCAGGAGAAGGCGCGGCCGCGGAGGGAUGUGGCCACCCAGUGCAGCAAAUGCUCCCCAUCCAGCCCUGCUGCAUGCUCAGGGGGGCUGCUCCCCUCUUGCAUGGGGGCUGCCCAGGAGGGGCCACCAGCAGGAAGGGAGCUCGGGGAAAGGCUGGCAGAGUCCAUGGUGCGACCUGAAGGGGGGUUCCCGAUCCCAGAGCACUCGGAUCAGCCGCAGCCCAUUGGUGGUCCCUUGGCACACUCAGCUGUCCUGGGGCCAGAGGCACUGUCUGGGCCAGCCAGAGGGCCCAGGGAAGCCGGAAAGGAAGAGGAAGAUGCUGAAGAGGAUUCAGCCACACAUCCUGCAGGGGGUGAGAGGAGCCCCAGGCGGGGCGCUGCAGCCGGGAAUGGAGCGGUGCAGACCCCUGAGGCCUCGGCUACUUGUGAGCUCCUGGCCGCCCUGGAGGCAGAGUUAGCUGCAGCCCAACUGCAAAGCCAUGAGGACACAGAGCACUGGGAAAGGCACUGCAGGACCAUGGCAGCUGAGUGGGAGGAGGUGGGUGUUUGCAGGGCCUGGCAUGGUGGGGGAUGGGGGCUGGUUCCGGGGGCACAAGAUUUCCUAGGGGAAGAGAAGAGAUUUCAGAUUCUCCCAAGUCGCUGCCUGUCAUGUGAGGGAGUGUCCAAGCUCCGUGGGGCUCUCCAGGAUCUGUGGAUCCAGGGGGUUCAUUGCUUGGAUGUCGGGAGUGUGACAGGCCUGGGCAUGGCCUCCCAGCCGGGCGUGCUCCAGCAGGCACGCAUUGCCAGGAUUGUCCCUCGCCGGGGGGGGCCGCAUAGCCAAAAUCCGCACCUGCCCUGUGUGUGGAAGGGCAGGCUGGUGUGGCCUGGGACCUGCACGAGUGCUGGGGCGGGGUUGCCUGUCCUGUGCUCUAGGAGGGGCAGAGAUUCUUGCAGCAGACAUGGCACCCAGCGGAGACGACGUGCCCAGCAGAGACGUCCCAGCGGGGGGAGACCGCUCAGCAGUUGAGGACAGUGCUGCAGAACCUGCCAAUGCAGCCGGUGGAGAUGGUGCAGCAGACGCAGCCGGCUGAGCGAGUGGAGACAGCCCCACAGAUGUUUGCAGCCGGAUCGCAGUUGGCUUUGGAGGCCAGAGGUUUCCCUGAGCUGACUCUGCCCCCCACCCCUGCUGGAGGAGCCGCUC